AUGCUCAUCGGGCUCACCUUUCUGACCACCUUCAUUGGCGCGAGCGUCUGGUACAUCGUGAUCGUGGCGCCAACGCUAGCCAACGAUCACUUUUGGUCCGGCUUGGAGACCUCGACGGCGCAGGCGUACUUGCUCGACGUCUACCGCACACACCUCACCAUGACGGCGUCUGCGACACUGGACCUUGCAGCGCCAUCCCAAGCUAUCUUGAAGCCCUACGGCCUGUCGUCCACAUCCGGGUAUGUCAAGCCCACCUACCCGCGCGCCUUGGCACUUGCCCGCUACGACUCGGUGGAGGGCGCUGUCGAGCAUCUACGCACCCUCGGCGCGUACCUCUCGACCAUGUUUUGCUGGGUCGACUUUGGCCGGCGCUGGGAGGUGGGGCACACGGCCGCUCGCCAAGCGCGCUGUGACGCGAUGCGCCGAGCGAACGGCGCCGUGUAUAUCGAGGCGUACUUGCGCAACGUCGACGCGUGGGCUACGAUCGACUUGAGCCUCGCCGUUGCGAACGCGGUUGUCGCGCAGCCGCAAGGCGCUGCGUGGUGGGCAAACGUCUUAGCCCCGAUGUUGUCGAUCGCUGGCGAGGCAGCCUAUUGGCACACGUGGCAAAUAUCAAGCUUUCAAGCGCAGUGGUCCAACGACUAUCAACUUGGGCUCGUCGAAACCAUCGCCGUGCGCAACAUGCUCGGGUGGGACCAAGCGCUGACACUGUCGGCGAUCUCGUUCGCAGAUCGCAGCGCGCUCGGCACGUCGCUCUUCCUCAACCCGUCUUUCUCGUACGACCUCUGGAUUGCGCAGGCCAAGUUUGGCGCCAACCUAAACGCCAGCAUCGUACGCAACGCCCCCAAUUACAUGGGCGACGGCGAGCUGCAACUGUACACGGGCGUCUACCUCGCGACGCCUGCGAGCGUCAUCGUGCACGAGUGCCUCGGCCCGCUCACUGCCGUCGAUUUGUAUCUCGUCGCUCCACCAAGCGCCCUCGUGACGGCCCUCCGAGCCGUCGAAGCUGCCAUCGUCGUCGCACUACAAGAUAACGGUGACCUUCUCGCUGCAUAUGCCUCGCUGCCGUCGCCGACGCUCGACCCGGCACCUCGCGCAUGGUCGUCCAGCGACUUGGUCUUUUACGGUGGCAGUCCCCUGUGCUUGUACCACCCUGGCACCACCCGCGUCUCGCAGUCGUUUGCGUUUGAUGACACGUGCAACGCCGUCGUGCAAAGUCAGAUGGCAGUCCACCCCAUGGCCGCGAUGGUGGCGUCCUUGGCCUCCGACGGGGCAGACGACCCGUGCACCCUUUGCAGCGCUAAGACGCGAGCCGCCUGCAGCUCCCUUCGAGCAGCGACGGCUGACAUCCUCCGCAACAUCUCUCUCCUUGACAAGAGAAUGGCGCUUGCGUCGACGGCGCGGGCCGUUCUCGAAAGCAUUGAGCUCGUGCAGUUGGCGAUGACAUGGUCGCAAACGCCGAUUCUGCUGCGCCAGGCGAUUCUGGGCGACGGGGGUUGGAACUACUUUGGCUGGAUUGCGCUCAUGGACUGGGUGUACGGCGACCGCGAGGUCGUUUCGUUCCAAGGCGACGUCGCGACGGUCAACAUAAUCUCCGAGACCUUGCCGUCCGUCGUCGUCACCGCAACUGCGCUUGAAGUUCCCAAAAGCACAAGUCUGUGCCUCUACGCAAACCUCGUAACCUCCACAAGCCUCCUCGUGAUCGUUGCCGUCCUCGCGGCCGCAGAUCGACAGAGCUGCAACCACUUGGUCUUCUUCUGCCGUGUCGCUGGACCGGUCUGGGUCGGACGGCCACUGCUGCUCUUACGCGCCCUGCCCGCCAUCGCCGCGCUUUGCACCGUCGGCAUUGUUUCGGUUGGCUCUCUGGAUCGCGCCUACUGGAUGAUGGCUCUUAUGGCGCUGGCGUUGCUGUUCGCGUACGUCUGUGUGCCCCCAGAGCGCGCGCUUCGCGAGACGCCCAAGGACGCACAUUUUGUGCCGGCGAGCGCCAUCGCGUACGUGGCGCCUUCGCGGGAAAGCUGGCACAUCGACCACGCAACCGCCGUCAUGAGCGGCUUCUUCCGGUGCCAUAUUGGUGCGAAGGCAUACUUGCUCGACGUGAAGCUGUGGCGACUCUUCACAAUAGAGCUUGGCCCCCGCGUUGACCCCAUUAUGGCCCUCGACGCCCCCCCACACCUCGUUGCUGUCGGUCACCAACCGUGGCGUGCGCGCGGCAAAGUCUGCGCUGGGCUUGUGUACGUCACGUUUUCGGCCGUGGGUAGCAUCUCGUACCUCCAGCUCUCGACCGUCAACUUGGGCAACGACAUGUACUGGGCAACGUUCAACACGUCUGGCAUGCACACGUUUGUCGCCAACUGGUUCCACCGAGAGGUCACCGCUGAGCAUGACGGUGUGCGCCUGGACACACCCGAAUUCGCCGACACCUUGCACGACUAUGCGUCGCCCGACGCGCUCAUUCAGUACUCGCCCUUGCGAGCCCGGGCCAUCCAGUCCGAGAGCGGGCUGGAUCUACCGAUGAUGCUGCAGGGUCUGCGCCAAAUGGACGGAUGCAAUGCGCCUUGGAUCGCGACCAUGUACUGCUGGGUGGACUUUGAUCAAGCGCUCGAGAUGGCGUCGUCGUCCCGUCGGCAGGCGCGCUGCCGCAAUCAGUACGCGAAUAACGGCGCCGUGUACCUGGAGGCGGUGCUGCGCAAUAUCGAUGUCACUGCGUUCUUCGUGUGCUGGGGCGACUCGUUCGAGGUCGGCGUUGCAUCCGCUGUCCGCGUCUUGCGCCCGUCGUGGCUGUUGUCGUUGCCAAUGACCCCGAUUCCAGUCGCGGAAGAAAUCUUGCUCUGGCGCACGCACAACAUUGCGUCCUACACGACGCAGUGGCAAAACUACAAGUCCAUCGGACUCGACGCGAGCUUCUCCGUCACCAACGCCCUCGGCGUCUCGUACGACUUUGGCAUCGAAGCCCACAACGGCGCGUUCACGGUCGAAGCGUCAACGUCGUGGAGCUUUUAUUGGACGUUUGCGAGCGAUCUCUGGGCCGUCGCCAACAAUGCGUCGGGUGUUGGCGGCCUCUCGCUCGUGCGGCAGAGUCCCCACUUUGCCUUUGCCAAUCAAUCGGCGCACGCCAUGUACAUGCACAACGGCACAUUGCCGUCGCCGCUCAGCACCGGCGCGUCGAUCGUCGCUGCCAAUAUCGGACCGUUUGGCGCGAUUGACAUCCGCCACGUGGCACCACCGGCCGCCCUGCGUCGGUUCGUACAUCACAUCACGCAUGCGAGCGCGGAGGCACUGGCCACUCGAAGGGACACACGCGACGCGUACGCGUCCUUGGCGCUCCUGGCGCAGCUGACGCCGAUACCGACCUCGAUCAACAAAACGCUGUACAUGGGCGCCGGCGCCAGUGUCCUGUGUCAUAAAGUGCUCGGUGUGUUCAACUAUUCGGUCUCGAUGGCGCAGUUCCUCGGAUCCGACGCGCUCUGCAGCCGCUUGCAGGGCGAGUGGCUCUACCCGACAAAGCACCAAGCGCUCGUGGCCUCGAUCGCGUCAGGCAUCGCGCUCGCACCACAGCCAAACGCGCGCCUGGCUUGCAGCACCGAAGCUCUGGAUCCAAAGGGCUGCGUCGACUUUACGACCAACGUGGCGGCGCUGGCGUCGACGCUCUUCUCAGCCGCGUCGCUGGCGGGAUACCGUCGCGAGGCCAUUGAGCUGGAGGCCAACGCUCUGCGCGUCGGGUACACUCAGUUCCUCUAUCGCAGCGACGACGCGACGUACGAGCUGUUCUUCCAGCCGCUUUUCGAGGAGCCUGGCGUGCACUUUGUCAGCUGGACCAUGCUGUACGACUGGGCCGUCGACACGCGGGAGGUGCUCGCUUUCGACGGCGAUAUGGCGUCGUUCGCCGUCCUCUCGACGACAUCGCCCGUCGUGUCGAUGGCCGCCAACACGAUCGAGAUGCCGCUCAACGUCGUCCUCUUCUUGCGGACGCUGUGCCAGUACGUCUCGGGCGUCCUUGCCGGCAUCGCGCUCGUCGCGGUCGGAUACGCUAUUUUGAAUGCUUUCACGACCGAGGGCCAUAACCUUUUCCUGCUCAACCGUGUCGCGGGCGCCGUCUGGGUAGGCCGCCCGCUGCUCUGCGUGCGCAGCUUGACGGCGCUCUGCAUUCUGAGCACGGCGACGCUGCAAUUGGAGCGCGCGGAUUUUGUGACGAUCGCGACGACGACGCGUCAGGAUGUGAGCAUGACGCUUCUAUCUCUGUCAAAGGUCCUGGCCGCGAGCGAGCUCGGCUGGCUCGUCUACGUGCUCGAAGACGUCGCCAUGAUCUACACGCGGGAGUACGCGACGCGGUACACGACCAAGACGGCGCUGCUGACGUGGUGCGUGGCCUCGAUCCUGAGCUUUGCGAGCCCUGUCGAGCACAGCGUGCGCCUCCAGCCAUCCUGCAGCGUGGUCGAAAUGGACUUUUCGCUCGCCUGUCGCCACGGCGACGUCGCCAUCGGCUCGCAGCGGCGGCUGCUCGUGCUCUUGGCAAUCGCCGUUGGCAUCUCGAGCGCGUGUUUUGCUAUUGCCCGCCUCUGCGGCGCCCGCGCCAAGCUCGUCGACGCCAACGAGUCGCACUUGACGUCGUGUGGCGCCAAGUACCUCUUCGCGUCGACCCGCUGGGUCCACAACCACGUGCUGCACCUCGACUACGCCUCGGCCGCGCUCACGGGUCUCCUCGCGUGGCCGAUGGGCGAUGCGCUGGUCGUGGUGUUUGACGUCAAGACGUGGCGGACGCUCACGUUCGAGCGGACGCGCGGGGCGUCGCACGCGCUCGUCCGCGCCAUCCCGCUGCGCACGUAA